AUCUUCUUCCUUAGAUCUUGCGCUCUUCGUCAGUUUCGAAGCAUGGGUAACCGUACCUUGACUAUAAGUGUUGAAUUGUACCUACCAAAAAGCAGGCCAACUAAAGACCAAGAGCAAGCAUGAAGAAGAAGAAAAGGGGAAGAAGCGAACGUUAAAAAUGAAAAUGAAUCUACUCUCGUUGUUAAAUCGUAUCCAAAUCACAACCAAACUCAUAAAAUACAUUGGUUCUACCCAUCAUCAAAAUCACAUAUUGCCUAUAACCUCACCGCAUUCGUUAGCAUGGCUGCCCAAUAUUGUACCGCACCAUUUCCUGCCGAACUCUGGCAUUUGGUAUGCGAAAACCUAACGCCUCAUGAAGCACGAUCCCUUCGAUUGACUUGCAGAGUUCUUGCCAACAUUGCUGCUUGCCACGGUUUUCAACGGAUUGUCAUUCACCCCUAUAGCCCCGACUUUGAAAUGCUUCAGACAUUUUCUGAGAAUCCUUUCAUCAGCCGAAACAUCAAGUUACUCGUCUACCAAGUUUACACUCUCAUCUACCCAGAAAACUGGAACGUAUCUCUCUCACGAUAUCUGUCCGCGACUGAGAGUAAAGUCCUCCGUAGCCAGGUCCAAAAGUGUCGCCAAAACUUCCUUCCUGCUGGCAUUUGGGACAAAGGCUUUAUAUCCAUGGAUGAUAUUCGAGAGAAUUACCACCAGUAUUGUUGCACAGUGAGGUUUCAGCGGCAGCUUUGGGCUGGUAAUGCGGAAUCCGACUUUUUCGAAAGUGUGAUUCCACGUCUCACAGCCCUGGAACACGUCGUGGUCAAUGUCAAUUCUGAUUGCAGUUGGCCUUCGCCGCUUGACGCAUUCUUUGUCACCAAACACAAUAUCCUCAAAACGGACGGUGAGGGUCAUCUGGGAGCAAUGAUGAACGGCUUACGAGCUUCCAAUAUUCGACUACACUCUCUUGGGGGGAUCGGCCUGGAAUCUUUUGUGAUUAGUCCAGAGUUCCUCCAUACAAUCGCCACCACACAAGAAAACUUGAAGGAUGUCUGUCUCAGGUUCGGCACUUGGGCUGAAUGCAACGCUGGAAAGAUGCGCGAACAAGCAAGAUCCCGUGCCAUUGCAAAUUUUCUCAAAAUGCUCCCCGACUUGGAGAAUUUGUCUGUUUCCUUUACUAGACCGGACCCGAGGAUUUCUUCUUCGUCUAAGCUGGUGUUCCCUGCAAAACUUCAUGAAAUCAUCCCUCGAGGAUUCAGGUGGAAGAAAUUGCGCCGGGUUCACUUUCAAUGCAUCGAAGCUGACAAGAAUGAUCUGCUCACCUUUUAUGAGAUUCACAAGUCGACAUUGUUGUCCCUUCACGUGGGCGACAUGAAACUCCGUGGGUCUAGCUGGGGGAUGUUGUUUGAUGCCAUGUACUCAUUGAUCGGGCCCCGAUUUUCUCUUCACGGGCUCAACUUUGGUGUACACAACGAUCCUGGCAAAGCGAACUUUGGCAAGCGGGAAGAAAUCGUAGGGCGGGGCGAUGGAGGCAGCCAAAAAUAUUUACCUCUAUACAACCAAGCACUUGAUUGCUGCGAAAUCGCCGGGUUGAGCCCGGCAACGUUCAGCCCCAAAAUCGCUCCCCCAAGAUGCUCUGUGGUUCCGAACUACAACCCCUAUUCUGACAUACUUGAUUCUAGCAUACUACGUACUUGAUUUAUUAUAAUUAAAGUAAUUCAGCGAGUCAUUUCGAA